AUGGCUACCACUAACGGAGAAGUCGUAAUGGGUGAUAUGGACUACGAUGGCCGGGUUAUCAUCUACAUUAUCAAAGCCGACCAAACUUCUUAUAUCAACUAUAUGAAGCCCCUGAUUCUGGCAGAAGAGCUGCAGUUCCCGCAUGUCCUUUCUGUCAUCGAUACCCGCGAUGAAUGGUUCUACAGCAUCCAUCCAGAGAGAUACGUUCCCAGUCUUAAGGACGAAGAUCCAGUCACCAAGGAGAAAGUCAUUGUCUUUGAAAGCACUGCUUGUCUGCAGUACUUAACCGAUCGUUUCGACACCGAUGGUUUCUGGACUGGUCGCACCGCUGCUGAAAAGGGGGCCAUCUUAUCAUGGACUGCAUAUCAGACUGCUGCCCUAGGGCUGCAUGCAAAUACCGUUCGACAGUGGGAUAUCUUGGAAAAGAGGCUAAAAGAGCCGGGUCAGGACUACAUCGCUCUGAAAGACCGCCCAACUGUAGCAGAUUUGUCCUAUUUCCCGUUUGCGAUGCCUUGGAUGUUCAGCUUCUUUGGCGUAGACGUCAAGGACUGGCCACAUAUUCAACGCUGGGGAGAGCGGAUGCUGAGCAGGCCUGCAAUUAAACGAGUCUUGGAGCGUGCUCCUACCUUGGGACAUUGA